UGCAACGGUUAAACCCCUCUCAAUCUGAAAUCUGAAUGAUGAAUUGAUUGAACCCUCCUCCUCCUCCUCUGCCAUCUCUGCCUCGACGACGUUUUCUCUACCGCACCGCUCACCCCUCCCGAUCCCUCGAAUUGGCAGAGUGUGUCGUGAUGGAUUCCUCCAGUAGAGUAGUGGCUGGGAAGCAAGUUUCGCUGCCCUUGACGAAUAAGUUGGCCAAAGUAAAAAGACGACUAGGCAAUUUUCAACCUAUAGCUCGCUUCAAUCAAGCCUCUGGCCCCCAAAACCAAAAGUGCUCCCUUCACAGCAAUCCAAACCCUGUCUUUCCUUUUCUUGUUACUCGUCGGAAGAGCCAGAUUAACCCUCCUGACUCUUCUUCUCCCUUUCUCAACUUGGAGGAUGAAGGUCACUCUUGCGGUUCACUGGACAAACUCCCGGAGGAGGACACACGUCCUUUGGAUAUCAAACGAGAACUCGUCAUGCUCUCUCUUCCGGCCAUUGCUGGACAAGCUAUAGACCCUUUGACUCUGCUCAUGGAGACUGCUUACAUUGGAAGGCUCGGAUCUGUUGAGUUGGGUUCCGCUGGCGUUUCCAUGUCCAUCUUCAACACCAUAUCAAAGCUCUUCAACAUUCCACUACUCAGCGUUGCCACUUCUUUUGUCGCUGAAGAUAUUGCAAAGACUGCCGCAGAAGAUUUAGCCUCAGCAGAGAGUCGUGGUGACAUACCUUCUCAAGGUUUACCAGAAAGGAAACAGUUAUCUUCAGUGUCGACAGCGCUAGUGCUAGCCAUUGGAAUUGGCAUCUUCGAGGCACUCGCUUUGUCUUUCGCAUCUGGACCCUUUUUAAGGUUAAUGGGUGUUCAAUCUAUGUCAGAAAUGUUCAUCCCUGCGCGGCAGUUUCUUGUCCUUAGGGCACUUGGUGCUCCUGCGUAUGUGGUUUCUUUAGCUCUUCAAGGCAUUUUUCGUGGAUUCAAGGAUACAAAAACUCCAGUCUACUGUAUAGGCGUUGGUAAUUUUCUGGCUGUAUUUCUCUUCCCUCUGUUUAUAUACAAGUUCAAGAUGGGUGUAGCCGGGGCCGCAAUAUCUAGUGUCAUCUCCCAGUACACUGUUGCCAUUUUAAUGCUUAUACUCUUGAACAAAAGAGUUAUACUGCUUCCUCCAAAGAUGGGGUCACUAAAGUUCGGGGAUUACCUAAAGUCAGGUGGAUUUGUUCUUGGAAGGACUCUGUCUGUGCUCAUGACCAUGACUAUUGCCACAUCAAUGGCGGCUCGUCAGGGAGUUUUCGCAAUGGCAGCACAUCAGAUAUGCAUGCAAGUGUGGUUGGCGGUAUCUCUGCUUACUGAUGCACUAGCUUCAUCUGGACAGGCGUUGAUCGCAAGUUCUGCAUCCAAAAGAGACUUUGAAGGUGUGAAAGAGGUUACGGCUUUUGUUCUGAAGAUAGGAGUGGUGACAGGGAUUGCACUGGCUAUAUUGUUGGGGAUGUCUUUCAGUUCAAUAGCUGGUUUGUUUUCCAAAGACCCUGAAGUUCUGCGGAUUGUGAGAAAGGGUGUAUUGUUUGUAGCGGCAACUCAACCAAUCACAGCUCUGGCGUUUAUCUUUGAUGGACUGCACUAUGGGAUGUCGGACUUCCCGUACGCAGCUUGGUCGAUGAUGGUGGUGGGAGGAAUAUCAUCAGGGUUCAUGCUGUAUGCACCGGCAGGGUUGGGGCUAAGUGGAGUGUGGGUGGGGCUGAGUGUGUUCAUGGGAUUGAGGAUGGUGGCUGGAUUCAGCAGACUAAUGUGGAGGAAGGGUCCAUGGUGGUUCAUGCAUACAACAACAACAAAUGACAAGCGUCUUGCUUAACAAAAAGGCUUAAAAGGGGAGGGAGAGAGAGACGUGCCAGUCUUUAAGCUUUUCAGAUAUACUAGAAGUAGUAGAUUCUAUUCACAGGAUUAGCUUUGCGAUUUUUGUUUGCUGAUAGUCAAAUACAAUAAAGUACAAUAAAUACACUGGUAUCUCGAGUUAAAAAAUAGUUGUGAUUUAUUUAGUAAAAAAGAAUCCGGUUAAUAAAGCCCAAAAGCGAA